AUGCACGAUGCAGUCUUUAUGACAUGGGCGCCCAUAGCGCACGGAUUGAGCGAAGCGCUGGGGCUGACGACGCUGCCGGAUUAUCUACACAUCAUCGUCUUUGCUUUCGCGACCUGCUGGGCAAUCCAAUAUGCCUCGUCCGUCAUCUCGCCUAGAGUGUGUCCGGUAUCGUACAACCGACUCACGAGAACGGGUAAGACAGACUGGGACAUUCAUCUGGUCGCUUUAUUGCACGCUUGUUAUGCCACACCCGUCUCUCUUUGGCUGCUCGCCGGCAAUUUCCCGGGCGCAGAAGCGAUAAGGAAGGACAAAGUCUUUGGUACAAGUGUAGAGACGAGCUAUGUCAUGGCGGUUGCAGUCGGCUUCAUGGCAUGGGACUCACUCGUCAGCCUGUGGCUAAUCAGAAAGUACGGCAUCGGCUUCUUGGCGCACGGUGUCGGCUGCUUCAUCGUGUUCCUCUUCACCUUUCGGCCAUUUCUGAACUACUUUGGCGCCGUAUUCCUCGUCUGGGAAGCCUCGACUAUACCGCUUAACAUCCAUUGGUUCCUGGACAAGACUUCAAGGACGGGAUCACUGUGGCAGCUCAUCAACGGCAUCGUGCUUCUGAUCACAUUCUUCAGCGUCCGGCUGGUCUACGGCACAUGGCAGAGUAUCGUCUUUGUCAAGGUGACGCAUCAAGUGAGAAGCCAGAUUCCUGCUGGACUACGCGAGGUCUACAUUGUCGCCAAUAUUGUGCUCUGGGGCCUCAAUAUCUUUUGGUUCACUCAGAUGAUCGCGGCGCUCAGGAAACGAUUCGGAAGUCAGCAUAAGAAGGAGCCAUACUCGGUCGGCGAGGACACUUACUCGCGCGGCAAGACAUACACCGCAAGCAAGAGGUUCAAGGUCAAGGUCUAG